AUGAACGCCACAAUAUACUCAGUCAAGAGAAGAGCAUGCGUAGCAUGCACGACUGCCAAGGCGAAAUGCACGCCACAGGCUGUCAACAUAUGCCAGCGGUGUGCUCGUUUGGGAAAGUCAUGCACAUACCUUGACCUCCCGCAGACGAAGCGGAAGCGUAGAGCUACGCCGAGCCGUGUGGAGGUGCUAGAGAAGAAGGUCGACCAGCUGACGUCGCAGCUGGCUGCCUUAACCCAGCAGAGCGGGCAGGCACCGCCCGAGACUUGUAAUCCGCUCACCAACGACUUGGGCUCAUCCUGUGAUCCCGAGCUGGACUCGACAAACAUUGCCGCGCUGCUAGAUGUUGCUCAAGACCCGUCCCACGGCCUUGAUCCGCCGACCACUUCCAUUCUAGCGGGCCAGCCGUCUAUCGUAGACCAAGGGCUUUUGAGUGAAACCGAGGCUGAACGUUUGGUUGCGACCUUCCAGCUUGACUUGGUGCCCAAAUUUCCCUUUGUGUUGAUUACACAUGACGAGACAGCCGCUCGCCUUAGGGAACAAGAGCCCUUUCUCUUUUUGUGUGUUGUAGCCGCGACUAUGGGCAGUGUGCACCCUCUGCGCAAAACUGUCACCGAGGAGAUUAUGAAGCACGUUACGUUGAGAGUUGUGGCACGGUCCGAGAGAAAUCUCGAGUUACUCCGUGGCUUGCUGGUUCACAUUGCAUGUUUGUGUGGCACACUUGGCCGGCCGACUUUUAUGAAGCAUGAUAGUCGAAUCGAGGAGUGCAUUGAGAGUGUAGUAUCUACCGAGGAUCUGUCGGAUCGGUGGAUUGCGCCACUUAUCCACAUACAGUCUUUCUUGGCAACAGUGGAUGAAGUCUACGCUUCGAUGCAAGCCAGCGAUGGAAGGGCACUAUUUCAAGUUACCCGCGGCUCUCUGCAGCGGCAAUUUGAGAGCGUGAGGGCAUGUGUUGAAAAAGACAUCUCAAAUUGCCCUUCAUCAAUAGAGAAUGCAAUCCGCAUUGAGAUCAAAUAUACGGAAAUACGGCUUGAGGAAUUAUCUCUCCGAGAGGACCUGUGGAUUACAGAGCCUGCCAGUGCAGUUCGGACAACCAUGCUGAUAGGUAUAAUCCAGCGAAGCAAGGAACUCAUUCAGACGACCAGAAACCUACCGGUGUCGGAGAUUGCUCAAAUUACAAUAAUUACAAGUGCUCGUAUUUGUGCUGCAGUGGGCUGUAUGCCCGCUGCAGUAUUGACCCUUCUCAAUCUCACUACUGGCUCUACCGAGUCUGCCAUGGAAGCCCAGGUGCAGGCUGUUGUUGACCUAGCAGAGUAUCCCAAUCUUGUCAUAGAGCUUGCCAAAGCGCUGGAGACGAAAUGUGAGGGAAUGUCUGCUGCAGACAAAGAGACGGACAUUGUUGGGAGCCUUUGCUCUAAAAUGCGGUUAUUAGCACGUUGCUAUCCAUAUCAAAUCAGGGCAAUCGUUGGAAGUAUCCCAUCCCAAAACUUAAGGCAGGAUGCGUCUGUGAUGGCAGUUCCCGCCAAUGAGGUUGCUAUGACACCCCAAGUCUGGCCAGAUGGGUCAACCUACGGCGAUCUGGGAGAUAUGUUCCCUAUCGAUGACACCCAGUGGGAUUCUUUAUUGAGCGACUUUACCGGGUUCAACUAUCUUAUCUGA